GCCUCUCCCCGCUCGCUGCCUCCCGUCUUGGCCCCGAGGCGAACCCGGCGUGCGGUACCCGCGACGCCGCUGCGCCCCAGGUGAGGGAGCGGGGGACGGAGAGAGCGAGCGGGGAGCGCUCGCUCUCCCUCCCUCCUCAGCGCCUCCCCGCCUCUCCCGGCGCCGAACCCCGCCGCUCCGUGCUUCACUUCUCCCGGCGGAGCCAAACAGCCCCUUCCCAAGAUGGGCUGCACGCUGAGCGCCGAGGACAAGGCGGCGGUGGAGAGGAGCAAGAUGAUCGACAGAAACCUGCGGGAGGACGGCGAGAAGGCAGCCAGGGAGGUCAAGCUGCUUCUCUUAGGAGCUGGUGAAUCGGGGAAAAGCACAAUUGUCAAGCAAAUGAAGAUUAUCCAUGAAGCUGGUUAUUCAGAAGAUGAAUGUAAACAGUACAAAGCUGUUGUCUACAGUAACACCAUUCAGUCCAUUAUUGCUAUCAUUAGAGCAAUGGGGAGAUUGAAGAUAGAUUUUGGUGAUCCAAUCAGGGCUGAUGAUGCUCGUCAGCUCUUCGUGUUGGCUGGAGCAGCAGAAGAAGGAUUUAUGACUUCAGAGCUUGCAGGAGUUAUCAAGAGACUGUGGAAAGACAGUGGGGUUCAAGCCUGUUUCAACAGAUCUCGAGAAUACCAGCUCAAUGACUCUGCUGCCUAUUACCUGAAUGACUUGGACAGGAUAGCGCAAACCAGCUACAUUCCAACUCAACAGGAUGUUCUCAGGACUAGAGUGAAAACUACAGGAAUAGUGGAAACUCACUUUACUUUCAAAGACCUUCAUUUUAAAAUGUUUGAUGUUGGAGGCCAAAGAUCAGAGCGGAAGAAGUGGAUUCAUUGUUUUGAGGGUGUAACAGCAAUUAUUUUUUGUGUGGCACUAAGUGAUUAUGAUUUGGUCUUGGCUGAAGACGAGGAAAUGAAUCGGAUGCAUGAGAGCAUGAAAUUGUUUGACAGUAUCUGCAACAAUAAAUGGUUCACAGACACUUCCAUUAUUCUAUUCCUGAACAAGAAAGAUCUUUUUGAAGAAAAAAUCAAAAGAAGUCCUCUCACUAUUUGCUACCCUGAAUAUGCAGGGUCAAACACUUACGAAGAGGCAGCUGCUUACAUUCAGUGUCAGUUUGAAGAUCUGAACAAGAGAAAAGACACAAAGGAAAUCUACACUCACUUCACAUGUGCCACAGACACAAAAAAUGUGCAGUUUGUUUUUGAUGCUGUAACUGAUGUCAUUAUUAAAAACAACCUUAAAGACUGUGGCCUCUUCUGAAAACAAGACAAAAGGUUGUUAAAUGGUUUGGAGAUCGACUUCGCACAAUUCUAAUCUGAUUCUUUUCAAGGUGAAAGAAGUACAAAAUGCAAUGUGCUCAAUGAUAGAUCAGUACUGUACUUGCCUGUUUUAACAGCUUUAUUUAUGUUUGUCUUGUAAAUUUAAGUAAUUAGUUAACACUGAGAUGUCAGUUGAUUGUAUGUAAACUUACAAUUGUAGUAAUGUAUUUGUAUAAACGUUGAACGGAAUAUUUUAGUAACUUGAUGUCCUCUAAAACAUUCCUCUAAAUUUUCCAUGUUUUAUGAAGAUACUCGUAGAGGAGACAGACACUCUUUGCCUUUGGAUUAUUUAAACAUCUUGUAAAAUUAAAUUUUCUUUUCAUCUUAAGGGUGCAUGCUGCCUUAUUCCUUACUUUUGUUGGUAAUAUUGUAUAUGGCAUUAGCUUUUUUGAUAUUUAAAUAGCCUCACACACCUUCUCAGACUUAAAGAAACAUAACCAAUAAACUUGUUUUAUGCCUUAAGUUUUGAAAAAACAUCUUUUUAUAAAUUUAGGAUAAAUACAAAAAUUAUUUUAAAAUUUAAAUGAAAUCCACAGUUUAUUAAAUCUAGGCUUGAAGUCUUUGCAGUGGAAAUUUGGCAACACUGGGAAAUAGAUGUUUAAGGGUCAGCUAUCACUGAAGCUGAUGGAAAUGCAAAAAGGAAUUGUUAAAACUGUUCAUAUCAAUAAAAAAAAAAAGAUGCUGUGGGCUUUACUCAGUGGAGUGAAUGGAAAAAUUACCUUUGGGGUGUUUUAAAUAGACAGCAAAGGCUGGACUUCAGAGUAAUGUUUUUUCUGCUUACUUAAAACAUAAAUUCAUGUUCUCCUUCAACUUUUUGCUAUUUUCUGGUAAUAAAACUAGUUGGGUAACUUAAUAAGCAUAGAAAUAUUUGGUUCUCCCACAAGACAAGGGGGCUUCACAGUUUAAAGCAAAAUCCUGUUGCCUAUAGCGAGAAUCUUCAUUGUUUUGGGUAGGGCGUUUUAGUGACUUAGGAGUGCUGAUUCUUUAAUUUCCUCUUUAAUUAUAGCCUCACAGUUUCUUGAGUUAAAAAUUAUUUUCUUCUGGUUAUGCUUUCAUUAUGCGAUUUGCUGUCUUAGGUACCUAUCAUCCAUUGCCUUAGGGAUAGUGCCAAAACUGAUUUUUUUAAUACAGAUUUUAAAAGGAGUAAGCUUCUAGCUGUAAAUAAGUUGAUGGUUGUCUUAAAUAUAUGUUGUCAUCUAGAAAACACGGACGUACCAAACCUGGAGAUACAAUUUUCUAUAAUUGUUAAAAUAUUUCAGGCAGCUACAGUACACCAUAAGUUCUUUGGGAAGUAAAUAAGUCUUGGAGCCUGUGGCUAUUUUUCUAUAUUAUCUUAGCAUUUAUGUUCUUAGAAAUGUUCAGAAUAUUGAAGUCAUUGUUCUGUUGUUUAAUUUUUGAUUGUGUAUGUGUUUAAGUUAGGCCUCUGCUUGAGUAAAACUUACCUGCCCUUCUCAUUCUUUAAUGUUUUCUUUGUUAGGUACAGAAUUGCUAAAUGCAUUUUAAAUGAAAGAUUAGAAAGGAGAUAAGUUAUUGCUGGAGGUUGUUAUAUAUGUUGAUACAUUAUGAGCUCUUUUAGCAUUUAUGGUAAGCAAUCUGUAUAUCCUGGGCUGCUUUUAAUUGUGCUUUACGGUUCUGGAUAUGAUUUUAAAUCUCACUGAACUACUUUGUGGAAUUGUAUUUACACCUACGUUCCAGCUGGUUUUUGUACUUAAUGUAAAACAAAAAUUGGGAUUAAUCAAAUAAAAUAAAUCUAAAUUUUGUGCCUUGCUUGAAA